CGUGAUCGACCCUCGUCUGUAUAAAGAUCUUUUUACAGGUAGUGAUGCGCAGCUUCCGGGUCAGCUACUCGAAGAAGGUGAUGCCAACGGGGAGGAUGAUGUUGAUGAAUUCUCAUCCACGGAUGGGAGGAGAUACGACCAGGCAGAUGCAAAUGACUCGUAUGAUGACUCUUCCUACGACUUCUCAGGGGAGGAAGAGAGCUCAACUGAAGAAGAAGACGACAUGGGCCCCGGGGAUGCGGAUGAUGACGAUGAGUCGUUUUCACGAAGACGCCGUCGCAGAGGCAGCGGGCCCUUUUCAGGACGAUAUGGUGCCCGGGGUGGAAAAGGCAUCAGAAGGGGUCCCCGCAAACCGCUGGAGCCCAGUCCGGAAUUCAAACUCCUCCAUUCAGAAGCUACGUCAGCAUUUAUUGACGGAGACUAUGAUCGUGCCAUCGAGUUGGUGAAGCGUGCAAUCCAAAUAAACCCUGAGAUGUUUGCUGCCCAUUCCCUGCUGUCUGAGAUCUUCUUAGCUCAGGGCGAAAAGGACAAGGCAUUGACGGCUCUCUUCAGCGGUGCCCAUACACGGCCAAGAGACGCAGGAGUGUGGGCAAAAGUAGCAAGAAUGAUCAUGGAGCGUGCUGGUGAAGAUCGCCAGGCAGCCUUAAACGAUGUCAUCUACUGCUAUAGUCGUGUGAUUGACAUUGAUCCGAAGAACCUCAAUGCUCGUUUUCAGAGAGCAGCAAUCUACCGCGAGCUAGGUCAUAACGGCAGGGCAGCCACCGAGUAUGAAAGGGUUCUCAAAGAAGUUCCGCACAACGCUAGAGCUCUUCGACACCUUGCAGAAACCUAUAUUGACCUAAAUGAUGUUCAAAAGGCUGUGGAUCAUUGGGCUGAAAGCGUCGAGUACUACAUGUCCCUUGAUCCUGAAGAAGCUCUUGAUUUCUCUUGGUCUAGCGUCAACAUUUAUGUUGAGCUGUUCACCUAUCUGGGGCAGCCCGAGGAAGGACUGAAGGCUUUGAAAGCGCUCUCUCGGUGGCUUCUUGGCCGUAGGGAUGACACCAUGUGGGAAGAUUUCACCGAGGAUGACCGCGAGUGGGAUGCCGACGACUCUCCCAGACGCAUCAAAACCGAAGGCUAUAUUCCCAAACAAUGGCCUCGGGAUUCUUAUGGGCUGGGUCUUCCCCUCGAACUUCGGAUAAAGCUGGGUCUGUUUAGGUUAAGAAUGGGAUAUAACCAUAAGAAUGAGGCUUUGCAUCAUUUUGCAUGGUUAAACCCGGAAGAUACUUCAGAGGGUGCUCGCCUUUAUGAUUACGGUGACCUUUUCCGGGAGGUUGCGGAUGCUCUCAAGGAGGUUGGCUUACUUGAAGAUGCGCUUCGCUACUAUACCCCAAUUCAGCAAACGGAUGAGUAUGCGGAUAUCAGCUUUUUUAUGGCAAUGGGAGAAUGUUGCUCGCAUCUGGAGGAUCUUGAGGGUGCAGAGAAUUGCUUCCUCACAGUCGCAGAGCAUGACGCGAGAAACAUAGAGUCGCGUGUGCAGUUGGCCAGGUUAUACGAAAGUAUCGGGAUGACUGAGCAAGCAUUAAAGUAUGUUAACGAGGCAGUUUUGCUUGGAAGACAAGAAAGCAGAAGUCACCAUCGCCGGAAAGACACACGACUUGAACAGCUAGCGAGAGAGUUCCAAUUAGCUGAAUUAGGACCAGACGCCACACCCUUGAGAACGCUUGCACCAAAACCUUCAGUUGAGGGAGCAGCUGCCACACUCACUACCGGGCCGACAGCACUUGCUGGCAGAAAACGCGAAGAGGGGGGCGAAGGAGAAAGGACAGACCAUAUCCAGUUUCUGUACUCCAAGAUGCUUCAAUUACACCCAAGAAUCAAGGAAGGCGAUGUUGAAGCCACUGAAGACUGGUUGGACAUUGCCGAUGCCCUACUGCGAGAAUUCCGCGCCAAUCGCGUUUUUUAUCCUAUGUCGCGCAAUGUGGUAUUUUUAGGAUAUUCCAGAGAAGCACAGAAAAAGGCUGGGAAGUACAAAAACAGAACCCUCAUGGAUGAGAUGCAAGAAAUGGCUGGUCGUCUGCAAGAAUCUCUUGGCGAGGUCGUCGAGGAGCCCCUGCAAGGUGCUAUACCAACGGAUUAUCAUGGAAUAAGCUUUGACGAGUGGCUGGACAUAUUCCUCCAGUAUGCUCUGGUCACUGCAGAGCAAGGUGAAUCCGAAGAAUCGUAUGACGCUCUUGCAGCAGCAGCAGACGCUAGUGUCUGGUAUCACUCAAAACCAAAGAGUCGUAUGAUUCAUGUCUGCUGGUUCACAUGUGCACUGCGAGUGCAGGAUGAAGAAACCCUGGCGAAUGAAGCUCGCUGGUUCAUCAAAGAAUACCAAUUCGUAACGGACACUUAUCGUUUAUUCUCCAUGUUGAGUCGCUUGUGUGGGGAUCCCCACCGAUCUCUCUUCCACUCAUCGCCAAACAUGAAGUUCAUGCUUCGACAGAUCAAAGCUAUGGACUAUACACUCCCAGACAAUACUUCACGAAGACCAGGCAAGGCUGUACGAGAAUCAAUCUACCAAGAGCGUGCUUCCCUCUCGACCCGAGACGAGACAGGAGAAGCCAUCCCAGCGGAAGAAAUGGACGUUGCUCUACUUGUGCUUUAUGGUCAUAUUCUUUACUCGGGCAAUAGUUUCUACCCGGCACUCAAUUACUUCUUCCGCGCUUAUGCGCUUGAUGAACAAAACCCAGCUGUUCUUCUCUCGAUCGCGCUCUGCUACAUCCACCACUCUCUUAAACGACAGUCAGAGAACCGACACUACCUUAUCAUGCAAGGGCUUUCCUUUAUGCACGAGUACCGGCGCGUCCGGGAACGGCAAGGAAGUGCGCUGCAGGAACGGCAGGAAAUGGAAUUCAACUUUGCCCGUGUCUGGCAUUUACUUGGAUUGGCGCAUCUUGCCGUCGAGGGGUACCAUCGUGCAUUGGAUCUGGGCGAGCAGAUCCAGACACACCAGGGUGGUUUGGAAAAGACACAAUCUGGUGAUAUCUUGAUGGAAGAUGCAAACACCAGUGGAGCACUUGUUGAGAAUUUUUCUCGAGAAGCAGCCCUAGCACUUCAGAACAUUUACAUGCUCAGUGGCGAUACUAAGUCGGCGACUGCUGUUACGACCAAGUGGUUGGUUAUAUGAAAGACGUCUUUAGUUCGAGAUCAAACAAUAGAUCUCAUGUAUGAUGUAUGAAUAUUAUUGUGUUAUUCA